AUGAGCCUUUUGCCUCGUUGCUACCGAGUGAGCAAGAUGGGUCACCAGCAACUCUACUGGAGCCACCCGAGGAAAUUCGGCCAGGGCUCUCGCUCUUGCCGCGUCUGCUCCAACCGCCACGGCCUGAUCCGGAAGUACGGCCUCAACAUGUGCCGCCAGUGUUCCCGCCAGUGCGCGAAGGACAUGGGCUUCAUCAAGUUGGACUAA